GUCUAAACGUGGAUGUGAGCAUACUUCGAAUAUUCAUUGUGAGCGUUAUAAUCGACAUUCACAUUUGUCGCAACGUUUAAAAGGCGAUCGAGUAAUGCCUAGAGUGAAGCUCGUGAAAAAGGUGGUUUUAUCAAGAAAUAUUGGAGGAGCAACGUCUGAACAGAAGAAAAGCUGUUCCACAGGUAUCAUAAAUCACAAACAACCAAUCAGCAAGCAAAAGAAAACUACAAAAUCUGAUUGUAUUUUGGAUCCAACAAUAUCGCAAACAAAACUUGAUUGUUGUAAAAAAUGCGGAGAUACAGACUAUAAAAGAGAAGAUUCGACAUCUAAGCACUCAAAUGAGAAAUUAAGUGACCUUUAUAGUCUUCAAUCGCUGCAUAGAAUUGUUAAUAACAACAAAGCCAGCAAACAUGACUUGAAAAAUGGUAAGCUAAAACAAUAUUAUAGGAAUGAAAACUUUCAAAUGUCGACAGAAUCUAUCCCUGAUAUUUAUAACACGAAGAAAACCUCAUUAGAAACAAUCAAAGAGCAAUCUGAACAAAUGCAGUCCCCAUCUCGGGACUCCAUUUUCAAAAUAUAUACAGACUCCUCUGUGGAAGAAAUGGGCUUUUUUAAUCCAAAUGACACAGAUAAUUUAAAAAAUAUAAAAGAAUUUCGCAGUGACAAUUAUUUUGAGUGUCAUUCAGUCAAAUCAAGAAUUAAUCACAGCAUUGCCAGAAAUGAAAAACAUAAAUGCGUUUAUAGAUUUUAUUUAAAUGACAGGCUAUUCCCUGUGCCUUUUAAUACGGAUUAUAAUGAAAAUAUAAGAUGCAUGGAGUGCAACUUGCCGUUACAAAAUAAAGAGGAUUUUUCUAACAUCAAUGGAAUGAUACAGGCUAAAGUAAAAUUGAAUAAUAAAGUACAGGACACAAUUGUUAUGUUGCCAGUUAAAGAGCCUUUAAUUAUAAAGGAAAAAAAGAAAGAAAAUAAUCAAAAAGAAUUAGAUUCAGUGUACUUUGGUAUUGUUAAACUGAACUUGAAUGGUGAUUCAAUAUUUAAUAAAACGCAACCAGAUGAUUCUCUAGCUCUUAAAUAUCAAAAGGGUUAUAAACAAUAUAGUGAUGAUUUAAAAUAUGAAUAUAAUAAUUGCAAUAAUGAUGAUGAUAUCAUAAUUUAAUUAUU